AUGGCCUCCGUUCAGUCCAUUGUGGACUGGCAGUCGACAACGAAGACCAUUUUAGACAGAAAUCGUCACAUGUUUAAAAAUCCUGACAUGAGUGACAUAAGCUUCACCUGCAAUGCUUCGGAAAAGACAUUCUACGCACAUAAAUAUGUAUUGGCUACAAGUAGCGUCGUAUUUUAUGCGAUGUUUUUUGGAAGCUUGCCCGAGAAAGAAUCGAUUGUUCGUUUGCCUGAUACAAACGAGGAAAGCUUAGAACAGUUUUUGAGAUUUCUUUACAGGGAAGACUGUACAUUGACCGCAGACAAUGUUUUUGCGAUUCUGUAUUUGGCAAAGAAAUACAUUGUGCAUUCGCUCAAAGAGAAAUGUGUUGAUUUUCUGGUGGAAAGUUUAAACCCUGAAAACGUGCUGGACGUCCUCGACCAAGUGACUCGGUUUGAUGAAGAAGAUUUAAAAAGACAUUGUUGGAAAGUUAUACAGUCCCAUACCAGCAAAGUGGUGGCCUUGGAUAAUUUCAAUAACAUCAGUCAAGGGACCUUGACUAAAUUACUGAUACAUGACGCUCUGAAUGUACCAGAAGUGGAACUGUUCCACGCUGUUUUAAAAUGGAUUGAUUUCCAAUGUUCAUGUAAGAAUUUGGAACCAACAAGCAAGAACAGAAGGUCUGUUAUUGUCAAGGCAAUCUAUGGGUUGCGAUUUUUUAGCAUGAGUCAUAAAAAGUUUGUCAAGCAUGUUGCUAAAUCUGGCUUGCUAACUUCAGAUGAGUUAGUUCCAAUUUACGAGAAAUUUCUUGUUGGAGUUGAUUCCCCUGCGCUGAAAUGGAAGUUGCCGAAUAGGAAACCAGCAAAUAUGGUGAGGGUUUCCAGAUUUUCCGGAAACGUUGAAGAUUUUCUAAACGGAAGGGAUUGCUUUGGUUGCAUAGCCGAUUACUUUGUUUUUUCAGUGGAUAAAGAGGUAUUAUGGAAUUAAGCAUCAGGUCACCCUGGCAGUCGAAGACGCCACAGUGAAUGGAAUGUAUGUACCUGAAGAGGAUCAAGACGGCAUCCUUGGUUUUGAUGUAAUGUUCAAGAAACCCAUUAUGGUGAAGCAAAACGAUGCUGUAGGAAUAUUUGCUGAUAUUCAUGGACCGCAUACGUUUUAUGGCACAAAUGCAUUGUCAAGUGUUACAAAUAAAGGAAUCACUGUAACAGUUGAUUGUCCGUCUGACCCAUAUAACAGCAUGUUGCAGGAGCAAUUCCAUGAAAUAAUACUUUCGACUAUUUGUUAA